UGCGGUUACCAUAGCAGCGGCUAUGUGUUGUCAAACCACCACGAAGCAUCGCAGGUUCCGUCUGAACCAGCAGACUGUUGACAACGGCAUUUACCCACUCAUAUUUUUUAAUAUUGCUGCAGUGACCACCAUAAUUUGCUACCAGUUCAAGGUGUGUGCACCCAUGUCAAAGUAUAAGACAUCUGGAUACAAAGGUUCAUGUGACUGUGGCAAAAAUGAGGAACGGGAGGGAAGAAGCUGUGUGCGUUACAAAUGUGGCCUACUCAACACCAUACAGGAUGUCCUGCGCCAAAGACCAGGCUGGGUUGAAGCCAAAGAUGAUGGAGAGUGGGAUUUCAACUGGUGUGAUGUUGGCUGGGUCAGGGAGAAUUUCGAUCAUACGUACAUGGAGGAACAUGUAAGGAUAAACCACUUUCGCAACCAUUAUGAGCUGACUCGCAAAAACCUCAUGGUGAAAAACCUCAAAAGAUACAGGAAAAACCUUGAAAGGGAUAUUGGUCACAUUGAGGCGUCGAAAUGUGAUUUUUUCCCCUGCACAUUUGCACUUCCCAGCGAGUAUCAUCUAUUUGUAGAGGAGUUCAAAAGAAGCCCUGGCACCACCUGGAUCAUGAAGCCGGUAGCAAAAUCCCAAGGGAAGGGCAUUUUCCUGUUCAGGAAACUGAAAGACAUCAUGGAUUGGAAGAAGGAUGGCACCCGCUCAGAGGAACAUAGGGAUGCAGCUCAAGUGGAAAGCUAUGUGGCACAACGCUACAUUGAGAAUCCCUACCUAAUUAAUGGCAGGAAAUUUGAUCUGAGGGUCUAUGUGCUGGUCACAUCAUAUGUUCCCUUGAAGGCCUGGCUGUAUCGAGAUGGCUUUGCCCGCUUCUCAAGCACCCGCUUCUCCCUUAGCAGUAUUGAUGACAAGUAUAUGCAUCUCACCAAUGUGGCUGUUCAAAAAACAGCACCUGACUAUGAUCCUGAAAAGGGAUGUAAAUGGCAGAUGCAGCAGCUUCGAAGAUACCUGACUGCAAAACACGGUAGAGAGAUGGUAGAAACCCUGUUUAAGCAGAUGGAUAACAUCUUUGUCCGCAGUCUACUGAGUGUACAAAAGGUCAUUAUAAAUGACAAACACUGCUUUGAGCUCUAUGGUUACGACAUUCUACUGGAUCAGAACAUCAAACCGUGGUUAAUUGAGGUGAAUGCCUCUCCGUCACACACGCCUAGUAGUCAAGAGGAUUACGAGAUGAAGUGCAGACUGCUGGGAGACACUUUGAAUGUUGUUGAUAUGGAGGCAAGGCUGACGGGCAAGGAAAAAAGGGUGGGUGGCUAUGAUCUCAUGUGGAAUGAUGGGCCUGUCUAUAGAGAAGACGUAAACCUGGAAACAUUUGGCAGUUCAUGUUUAACUGCCAACACACACUUAGGGUGUGUGAAUGACAGAGAGAAGCAGCUUUGCCGGCUACUAAAACCAUUUCCAGGCCAGAAGAGGAUGUAAUCACAUCAUAACGUCUACAUCCUAAUACCAUAGUAGUUGGUAUGCAAGACUAUCUUGUCGUGGUGGGUUCUAGGUGUGUGUGUUUGGGCAUAGACAUGCUAAGCAAUACUUAGUUAGUUCCGUGAUGAUCUGUUCAGAUUCCAACCUUGUUUAAAAUCUGAAUAUGCUAACUAAUGAAAAGGACAUUUUCUUAAAACUACUGCAAACCUUAUAAAGAUUUAAAUUGCAGGGUUUGAAGAGAAGUAUACUGGUAUAAAAAUGUUCUGCUAGUGAAUGCAGUAAAUAGCAUGAUUUAAUGACCAUGAGCAGAGUGUGGUUAUGU